GUUUAGCGAUCAGCUGAUAUCUGAUUAAAUCUGAUAUUCGUAUUGUCGAAUUGUGCAGAGUUUUAGACAAUGGCAUUUCAGGAUUAUUUGUAUAAAUAUUAUUUAUAUUUUUUUGAAAAUAAUACUCUUUGAAACGAUGGCGCAAAAUGAUCAAUUAAACUUUCCUAAAAAAACAAAAAAAUUAUAAAUUUAUAUUCGUGUUGUUUACUUUUGAAAUAGAUUUGAGGUUUAUUUAGUAGCUAAGAUGACCUCAAUGUUUGAUCAGUACGAGCAAGCUUCUCAGCGUUCCAAGCAAGUGGUUGCACCACCGAUUCGUCCAGACAUUAGCACAGCAGGCUUUAUUCAAAUGAAGCUGCAAGAUGAUGGGCCAAUAUUUACUAAACAAAAAGUUAACUUUUUGCCAUCCGACAAAAUUCUUCACUUGGCUGUUAGCAGCAACACGAUUGUGAUUGCUAUGGCUAACAACAUCUUGUUGCGCAUUGAUAUGAAACAGCCUGACAAAACUGAAGAAAUCGACAUUUCCAAAUAUGCAUUGAGCAUGAAGAUGUCCAGUUUGUUUCUGGAUCCAUUGGGCUACCACCUAUUGAUAACUCUAGUGCCAAGACAUGGAGAUAGUCCACCUUCGGAGAUAUUCUACUUGCACAGGAAGACGACAAAGCUCAAGCAGGCUGGCAAGUUCAAAGGUCAUGAAAUCACUGCGGUGGGCUGGAACUUUUCCAGCACCUCAGAAACUACCUCUGGUCCAAUUUUACUGGGCACUUCCAAGGGUCUGAUCUUCGAAACUGAGAUUGGACUGGAUACUGACAAGAUUUUUAAUACAAGUUUGGAGCAAUAUUGGCGUCAGCUUCCGAAUUACCUGCCUCUUUAUGGUGCAAAAGAGGUGGGAGGAUUGGUAUUUGACCUGGGGAAAAAUAGUAAGCCUCCAAUCACUGGAAUAGAAUUCCACAAAAUACCUAACUCGGAUAAAUAUGUGAUUAUUGUGACUACACUUAUGCGCAUUUAUCAAUACAUUGGUACUAUUGGCAAUCCCGAAGAGAAACCUCUCUUGCAACAAGUAUUCUAUAAAUAUCUGAAUGCGCAAGAGAGUUUCAGUGAAGUGAUAAAUUCUCUGCCAUAUUCCAAAAUGCAAUUCUACUAUCCAUCUUUGGGUGUUUUACCAAAGUCAUUUGGAUGGUUGACAGAGACUGGUAUUUUAUAUGCCCAGGUGGAUCCGAAGUCGGAUACAAACGUACUGAUCAAUCAGCAGAUGUUGACGUGUCCGGAAACAAGUUUAAUGGGCAGCAAUGUUUCACAAACCAGUUCGGUACCAUUAUCCUUCGUAUUGACGGAAUUCCACGCGUUAUUGUUAUAUCCAGAUCAUGUAAAGGGCAUAUCGCUCUUGAAUCAGGAACUGAUAUUCGAAGAUAUUUACAAUGAUGCGAUCGGCAAAUUAAUUGGCAUCACCAAGGAUCCCGCGACGAGAUCGAUUUGGGCUUAUAGUGAGCGAGCAGUCUUUAAGUACAGAGUAACCAAAGAAGAUAGGAAUGUUUGGCAGGUGUACGUUGACAAGGGUGAAUUUGAGCUGGCUAAGCAGUAUUGUAAGGACAAUCCAGCGCACAUUGAUCAAGUACUCAUCAAGCAGGCAGAGAUGCUUUUCAAAAACAAAGAGUACGAGAAGAGUGCUCUAAUAUAUGCUGAUACUCAUUCUUCCUUCGAGGAGAUUUCAUUGAAGUUUCUGCAGGAAUGGCAAAUUGAAGCAUUGAAAACGUUUCUGCGUAAGAAACUCGACGGUUUAAAGACUCAAGACAAAACACAGAUAACAAUGAUUGUAAUUUGGGUGACGGAGCUGUUCAUGAACCAAAUGGGGGCCUUGCGCAGUAGCAACACAUCCUAUCUUCACGAUUCGCAGUACAUAGAAUUACAGAAGCAGUUUGAUAGCUUUCUUGCCAUUCCUAAAGUCGAGGAAUGUAUAAAAAGAAAUCGUAGUACGAUAUACGAUUUGAUGGCCAAUCACGGCGACAAGGACAAUCUAAUACGUCUUACAAUAAUGCACUGCAACUACGAGGAGGUGAUUCGUCAGCAUCUGUACAAGAAUAAUUAUCUGGAGGCGCUUGGAGUACUCAAAAGUCAAAAUAAUAAAGAUCUCUUCUAUCGAUUUGCGGGGAUAUUGCUGCAAGAAUUGCCACGGCCUACGGUAGCUGUUUUGAUCUCACAGGGAUCAUCGCUGAAGCCAGCAAAGCUUCUGCCAGCUUUGGUCUCGUGCAACAGUGAUGAGAAACAUGCGAAAGAAAUUAUUAAAUAUUUGGAGUUUUGCGUGUACAAGCAGAGCUCGCAGGAGCAAGCAAUCCACAAUUUCCUUCUAUCAUUGUACGCGCGUUACAAACAGGACGAAGUCAUGCGAUAUAUAAGUUCUCAAGGGCAAGAUAUUAGCAUGGUGCAUUAUGAUGUGCAUUACGCAUUACGAUUGUGCCAGGAAGUUGGCUUGACAGAAGCCUGUGUGCAGUUGUCAGCUUUACUCGGUUUGUGGGCUGCUGCAGUUGAUCUCGCGCUUACAAUCAGCGUCGAUCUCGCUAAACAGAUUGCCGCUAUGCCUUCUGAUCAUGAUGACGAGCUAAGAAAGAAAUUAUGGUUAAAAAUAGCGGAGCAUGUGGUGCGAGAAAAAGAUGACAUACAGCAAGCAAUGGAAUUUUUGCAGCACUGUGAUUUAGUUAGGAUAGAAGAUAUUUUACCAUUCUUUUCUGAUUUCGUCACAAUUGAUCAUUUCAAGGAAGCUAUUUGCAAUUCUCUACAGGAAUAUAACCAGCAUAUUCAAGAUCUUAAGGAGGAGAUGCAAGAAGCUACAAAGGCAGCAGAACUAAUCAGGAAGGACAUUCAAGCCUUUAGAACCAGAUGCACCUUUGUGCAUGCAAGGGACACGUGCAACACAUGUGAGGUGCAAUUGCUGUUGAGACCUUUCUAUGUCUUUCCUUGUGGUCAUAAAUUUCAUAGUGAUUGUUUGGUGGCGGCGUUAACGCCGAUGCUGUCUAUGGAUCAAAGAACGAAACUGGCGGAUCUUCAACGACAAUUAACUGCUAUCUCGAAUCGCCCCGAAGACACCACCUCGAUGACAUCCGUGUCUUUAUCUACGAGAGACCAAAUCAAGGCCGAUAUUGACGAACUGGUCGCCUCGGAAUGUCUCUACUGUGGAGAGCUUAUGAUAGAGUCAAUAGACAAGCCAUUUAUCGAGGAGGAGGAUUAUGAACGUGUGAUGAAGGAGUGGUCAUAAUAAAGCUUCUGUGUAAAAUUUGAGAAUUUUUUAAAAGAAGAAAUUAAUUAUGACCUGUGUGAUAAUCAUGACUUGGCCAUAAAUCAGCCAUCUCAAAGUUGACGCUUCGAGUUCUGGUAUGAUUUUAAAAAUUAUAUUUUCUUUCGUAAUUAUGUACAUAAUCGAAGAUGUGUGAAUUUAAGAAAAUCCAAAAGGCUACAUAUUGAACUCCAACUUCAAACUUUUAUUCGCGAUUAUUAUAAUUUAGAAUAUUAACGAUUAUUAUAAUUUAUAUGUAUAUUAGAAUUAUAGUCGAUUUUUUAAAUCUAUUUUAGAUUUUUCUCUAUUCCAAGUCAGUUGUUUUUCUCUAAAUUAGAAAUCUCUUUUUAUAUUGCUCUUUCACUAUUCACAUUCGCGAAAUUAGAACAAAAUAGAUGGUGCAAUAUUUUUAUUCAACAUAAAUUUCAUGUUAUAUUAGAAUGAAAAUGCAUAUUCAAUCUUAGAGCAGAGGAGAUAUUCCAUUUUAAUGAUCUUAUUAUAGAGAAAAUCGACUGCAUAAUUGAAAUUCUAUAUUUAAUUAUUUUAUAAUAAUACGCUUAACUGUUGCAACAAACAGACUCAAUAAUUGUAAUAAAUUUAAUUGUUCCAA